CCUCGUUUAAAAAUGAAUCAUUUUAAAUGAAGUUUCGACGAUCGAUUAAAAGAACAGAAAUUUAUUAAGGAAUUAUUUCCAACGAAAUCCUCCUGUAUGAAAUGCAUUUACAUGCGCGAUAGAUGCGACAGCGUGGGGUGAAAGGGAUGGUUAAAACGUAAAGUCGGGGGGUCGGUUUUUUGAAACAAUCGGAGAGUGCGCCGCGGAACCACGUGGAGGGUAUAAGAAGAGCCGCGCGUAUCGUUACUGGACACUGUAUAACUUAUUUUAACGGAGUGCACAAGUGUCGCGCUAGUGCAUCUUUCGCAUAGAACAGAAUAGAGUACAGCUAGUGGCGUUAACAAAUGUUGGCAUCCGAUUAAAGGAUUCCGCGAAGUGAAACAAUAUCGGUGUUUGUAUCGACGAUAUUCGAUACGUUACAGCAAUUGGAAACAGAGCUUCCUGUUACAAUUGAUGGACAUGUGGGUAUACCUCCCAAUGGUUUCUCUAUUGGUACGUGCGAUCGUCGGAAACUCCGAAAUCGAUGACACCACUGUGUCGAGUGACAUAGGCUCGGGAAAUGCGAGUGACAUUUCGCCAAACGAUAAUCAUACUGCGGAACCGUCGAUCGACGUAUGGAAAAUGUCGAAGAGGGAGAGAAAUAAAAGAGGAGUAGAUCCAAACGUUAUAGAUGAAGUGAAAUCGAGGAACGAUCUACUGAAUUCAGACAAGAUUGUUUUCAAGGAAAUGACCAUGGGACCGUGGUUCCCGCCGACUAGAAGAGAGGGAUUUGAACAAAUUUUACAGGAGAGGACGAACCCUCAGCGGUGGUGGCAGGACGAGAAACGAAAUACCGGCAAACCGAUACUUUCCUGCGAGUGCAAGCUGCACGUGAUGUAUCAUCACGGUUUCGACAGCGGGGGUGGUAAAAGAGGGGCGGUGUACACGUCGGAUGUUGGCUCGAAACGGACGAAAAUUAAUUAUAAUCGCGACGACCAGAACAAAAUUCUGAACGAGCUCAAUGGAAUCGAAGGGCAGGAUUUGAGUAAGAUGAUCUGGGACAAGUGGGGUGGAAAAAGGGCCGACAUGUCCAACCGGGAACGUGUUCUGCUAUUUUUAAAAAAUCCCGACGCUCGCGUUUUAAACGUUAUCAAAGGUGGACUUCCCAAGGAAAGAGCCGCCCGAAUCAAGGACAUCAUAUUGACUAUGUAUGGAAAACACGAUUUCGAUAAUGAGGCGAGCAACGACGAACGGGUUAACGAGAUAGACGAUUGCAGGUUAACGACGCCUGCGAAGAAAGAACACGAACAGUACAAGAAGACUAAAUUCAACCCGUGGGGCGGCAAGAGGAGUGUUCGCUCUUGGAACGAUUACAUCGAGUGCAUGCUGAAAACGCUUAACAUGGACUCGCAUUCAUAAUAGCGAAGGAUAGUAAUCGACAUAACUGAUUAGUCUAUCAAUCUUGUACGCGAUCGAUAUUCAAUUAAACUGGUCUCCGGUCGAACGAAUUCAAAUUCGAAUUCAACCGCUCGAAUUUUCGAAACAUUCUAACACGCUUUCGUUCUUCUCGCUCUCUGACAUUUCUAUGUAAUAUGCGUAUCGUACAAAUACUUAAUAUCUGUAAUAAUAAUAAUUGGUUUUCGGAUGCUAAUCGCAUCGUCGAAUGUAUGUGUGUAUAAAACGAAAUUUGAUCGGGCCGCUUUGGAUAGAACGAGUACAAUAUUUAUGUAUGUAGAAACGUGUACAGUGCAUGCGUUAAUUCAAAUCAAAUAUACUUAUAGCUAUGAAUAAAACAUUGAAAAGCGUUUGAUUACAAUUUGCUUAAUUUCGUC